AUGGCGAGUGGCUCCUUCGCUCGCGACCAAGCGACAAGGAGACUGAGAGCUGCAGCGGCGGCAACGGCGGCGGCUCUAGCUGCGGUGGCGACCACCCCACUUCUUUCCUCGGGCCCCCCGACCGCACUCAUUGGGACCGGGUCGUCUUGUCCGGGAGCCAUGUGGCUCUCCACGGCCACUGGCUCCCGGUCAGACUCGGAGUCCGAUGAGGAGGACCUCCCCGUCGGGGACGAAGUCUGCAAACGCGGCUACCUGCGGAAGCAGAAGCACGGGCACCGGCGCUACUUCGUGCUCAAACUCGCGACAGCCGACGCCCCGGCUCGGCUAGAAUACUACGAAAACGCCAGGAAGUUCCGCCACAGUGUCCGCGCCGCGGCCGCUGCGGCGGCGGCGGCGGCGUCCGGCGCCGCUGUCCCCGCGCUCAUCCCGCCGCGGCGCGUGAUCACCCUGUACCAGUGCUUCUCCGUGAGCCAGCGAGCCGACGCGAGGUACCGACACCUCAUCGCCCUCUUCACCCAGGACGAGUACUUCGCGUUGGUGGCCGAGAACGAGUCGGAGCAGGAGAGCUGGUACUUGCUGCUCAGCCGCCUCAUCCUCGAGAGCAAGCGCCGCCGCUGCGGCACGCCCGGCGCGUCGCCGGAUGGGGAGCCGGCCGCGCGGGGGGCUGCAGCGGCGGCGGAGCCACCCUUCUACAAGGAUGUGUGGCAGGUAAUAGUCAAACCCAGGGGGCUGGGGCACAGAAAAGAGCUGAGCGGCGUGUUCCGGCUCUGUCUUACCGACGAGGAGGUGGUGUUUGUGAGGCUGAAUACCGAGGUGGCCAGCGUGGUCGUCCAGCUCCUGAGCAUCCGUCGCUGCGGGCACUCGGAGCAGUAUUUCUUCUUGGAAGUCGGUAGGUCCACCGUCAUCGGUCCCGGCGAGCUGUGGAUGCAGGUCGAUGACUGUGUGGUGGCCCAAAACAUGCACGAGCUCUUUUUGGAGAAGAUGAGAGCCCUGUGUGCAGACGAAUACCGAGCCCGCUGCCGCACCUACAGCAUCAGCGUCGGCGCCCACCUGUUAACCCUGCUGUCCACUAGGAGGCACCUGGACACGCUGCCGCGCGAGCCCGGCGGCUGGCUGAGAAGGUCCCGCUUUGAGCAGUUUUACCACCUCAGGGCCAUCGGUGACGGGGAAGACGAGAUGCUCCUCACCAGGCGCUGCCUAACACCCAGCGAACCCGUGUCCCCCUCCAGGCAAGGAAGACUGCACCUGCCCCGAGCGCGCAGGUCCCGGAGAGCGAUUUCAGUGCCCGGCAGCUGUUUUCGCCGCCUCCCCCCCAGCCCGGUGCGUGUCCCGCCUGCCGCAGAAGUCCCGAGCGACAGAGCUUCUGGCUCCGGCAGCUCUGGGGAAGAAGGCAGCCCUCGGGGCCCAGAGGGUCAGGAAGGAAACGGAGGUGACUACAUGCCCAUGAACAGAUGGGGCUCGGGAAAUGGCCAGGGUUCCGGAGGUGGCCAGGGCUCCAGUGGCCAAGGCUCCAGUAGCCAGGGUUCGGGAGGAAACCAGUGCUCGGGCGGGGGGCAGGGCUCCGAAGGAGGCUGCCAGGGCUCCAGCGGUGGCCAGGGCUCGGGGGGCCAGGGGGCAGGAGGAAACCAGCGUGCAGGCGAUGGCCAGGGCACUGCAGGUGGGCACGGCUCGGGCGGUGGCCAGGGAGCCCGCGGCGGCGGACACGGCUCAGGCGGGGGCAAGAACCCCGGAGGGGGCAAAGGCUCAGGAAGUGGGAAAACCUCCGAGGACAAUGGUGAGCGCGGAAAAUCUCUGAAGAAAAAGUCCUACUUUGGCAAAUUAACUCAAAGCAAGCAGCACAUGCCGCCUCCUCCACCGCCUCCGCCCCCACCGGCUGGAGCAACUGGUGGUAAAGGGAAGUCCGGGGGAAGGUUCCGGCUCUAUUUUUGUGCCGACAGAGGAGCCCCAAAAGAACGCAAAGAGGCCAAGGAGGUCAAAGACUUAGAGACCCCAGAAGGUGCAGCGCGGGGUCCCCACAGAGCCAGAGCUUUUGACGAAGAUGAGGAUGACCCAUACGUGCCAAUGAGGCCAGGGGUGGCGGCCUCUCUCCCAAGCUCCAGUGAUUACAUGCCAAUGGCUCCCCAAAACUUCUCUGAUUCAAAACGCCACUCUCGGUCACCUUUUGAAGAUUCAAGAGGGUACAUGAUGAUGUUUCCCAGAGUGAGCCCACCACCUGCCCCAAGUCCCCCCAAAGAGCCGGAUGCUGAAAAGGAGGAGGAGUCAAAGGACAAUGACAGUGAGAGUGACUAUAUGUUUAUGGCUCCUGGAGCCGGUGCAAUUCCAAAAAAACCCCCAAAUCCUCAGGGUGGCUCUUCCUCUAAAAGUUGGAGCUCCUAUCUAUCCCUGCCAAAUCCUUUUCGGGGCUCCCCGUUGGGACAGAGUGACCACAGUGAGUAUGUACCAAUGUUACCUGGAAAAUUCCCCGGGAAGGGCCUAGACAAGGAAGCCUCAUCGAACCGGGGCCCCAAAGAUGCCCUUUCAAAGCCUUCAGUUGAGGGGUCAUUCUCGAAGCGUGGAGAUGGGGGGUCACCCUCAAAGCCUUCAGAUGAUGGGCCCCCCAAGAACAAGGCUAAGAGACCUAACCGCCUCUCUUUUAUCACAAAAGGAAAUAAAAUCAAGCCAAAAUCACAAAAGCCCACACGUGAACAGAGAGGAGCUGACAGCUCUCGUGACUACGUCAACAUUGACUUCACUAAGAGAGCGAGCAAUGUACCAGCCCCCUUUAUCCACGGACUGCCAGGUUCGUGGGGCAUCAUUGCUGGCCCCAGACAGACAGCCUUUUCUAACUAUGUGAAUGUGGACUUCGGACUGCCAUUUCCAAACGCAGCACACAGGCUCUCGAAUCUUUUCAGAGCCAUUCCAGGUGCCAACCCCCUCUUUCUGGAAGGUGCUAGGUGGCCCCUUGCGCCUCUUCCUCCCAGCGCUACAGGUGGCAGUGCGAAUGAGGAAGAGGGCGACUACAUUGAAGUGAUUUUCAAUCCAGCAAUGACACCGGCCGUGCCUUUUGGUGACAGUGCCAUUCGCUAUGAUGCUGAGACAGGUCGCAUCUAUGUGGUCGACCCGUUUUCUGAGUGCUGUAUGGACAUUUCUCUCACCCCCAGCCGCUGUUCCGAGCCACCGCCUGUAGCUAGGCUGCUGCAGGAAGAACAGCAGCUGGAGCGAAGACGCCCGCAAAGCCAUUCGCAAAGUUUCUUUGGGGCCGCCAGGGCCGCGGUCUCGGCUUUCCCAACGGACAGCCUCGAGAGAGACCUCUCGGCCUCCUUUGCCUCGGCCGCCGCCGCUUCGGCAGCUGUGCCGGCCUUAGCCUUGAGCCGGGCGUUAGCCGCCGCCUCGGCCCUGGCCGUGGCCCCGGGCAUCGGGGCAGCCGCGCGGGGCUUGGAGGCCGCCGCUCGGUUUGACUCCGCCUCCGUCCGCUGGUUCCAACCUGUUGCUGGCGCCGCUGCGGCCGCCGAAGCGGUCAGGGGGCCCCAAAGCGUUGCCGGUGGCUCGAGCCCGAGAGCUCCCAACCCGUCGGCAGACCUAGCGGGAGGUGAGAACGGGGCCGCCGCGGCCGCCCCGCCCCCACCGCCUCGCCGCCCGGUGCCGAGUCCCCCCGAGCGAGAGGAGCCUGACGACGAAGACGACGACACCUACGUGAGAAUGGACUUUGCCAGACCUGACAACAAGAAGUUCGACCCUCCCCGCAGAGGUGGGUAA